GCAUUUGUUUUGUAUGCAAAAAACAGCUGUAACCGUCUCUUUGUGUGACGCUCGCUUAGGCGGCGAUAACAGCAAGCGAGGCGCACGUCGGCCAGUCAGUUUGGAGGUAAAAUACGACAGACCAAGAACUCAGCCAGUCAACGCACAAUAUAUAGCAUUAUGUACACCAGCCAAACACUGUUGCUGAUUUUCGCAUUUAUCAGCGCUGCCGUUACCAGCACCUAUGGUUACUCUGCGCUGCAGGACGCACGAAUAAUAGCCCAGUUUAGGCGCGAUCAGGAACUGAAUCAUGCAAAGAUAGCACGCCAACUGGUGCAUCAGGCCAAUUGGGCGUCGGUAGGAAGUAUUUCAACAAACGCGAUUGUGGAAAACUAUCCUAUGGUCAAUAUUAUAUCCGUGGACGAUAAUGACGCAUCUGGCAAAUCCACUGGUAAAAUACACUUCCUCUUAACCGAUCUAGAUUUUACGGGACCGGACUGGCAGCGCAACAAUAAAGUUACUUUUUUGUUUACGGACGAACAAACUCUAAACUGUAAGAAUAACAACAAAGAUCCUAUGGAGCCCACUUGUGCGCGUAUUAUGAUUAGUGGACAGGUUAGAAAGAUCUCAACAAGUGCUGCUGACUACAAAAAUGCGCUGGCGACGUUUGAGAAGCGUCAUCCAGCGGCAAUCAAUUGGAUGAAAGCGCACCAUUUUUAUCUCUGCGAGUUGGACAUUCAGAAUAUAUUCGUGCUGGACUUCUAUGGCGGUCCACAUAACGUAAAAUCGGCUGACUACUAUUCCGUGCAGCUUUAACGACGCAAUUCUUGCCGACAUUGCAAAUGAUGGGACUACAUUGAAUGGUCGACUCGAACUCGGAAACUCUGGUCUUUGUCUUGUUUUUUAUAGCAAUAAUGCAAAUAAAUUGAUAAGGAAAUUAUCUGUACAUACAUUAUACAUGAA